AUGAACAGUCUGGUGGCCACACCUCCUGUCCCUCCUCACUUCUACGAGAACCCCCGAUUCUCUCCCUCCCGUAUGAUGUCUACACCGUCGUCGUCGUAUUCGAACCGUAAACGGAAAGCCGAUGACGAUGGCAACGAUCAUGAUGGACGCAUGUCUGCCUCGCCUACCAACUCUCCCGCCUUCACACCUCGUCAACUCCCUCACAACUACCGUAACGUCAAACGUUCCCGACCGAAUGUUUCAGGUCGACCUCUGUCUCUCCCUCGUUUGCUAGAAACCCUCGACACAGAUGCGUUGAGAACAGUGGUACGAACCAUGUGCGAGCGUCACCCUCAGCUCGCCGACGAGGUUGUGCACACCUCUCCCCGUCCGAAUGUUUCUUCAACCCUCCAAGUGCUUCGAAACUACCAGGCCGCUCUCCAGUCAUCCUUCCCGCUGGGGGGUAACACUGAGUCGGACUAUGCCUACAACCGAGUCCGACAGCCACUCACAAACCUUCUUGACGCCCUGAGUGAUUUCACUCCCAACUUCCUCCCGCCGAACGAAUCCCAAGCAUCCACCUCUCUAAGCUACCUAGACGGAGCAACCGAUAUCAUCCACGCUCUGCCUCGCUGGAGCUCGCCACAGAACAACAUCGAACGAUACUCCGCCUAUGACGAAAUCUGCAAGGCAUGGAUUCUGGUGAUUCGGGAAGCCGCCAAACGAGGUGGCGGUAUCCAGCUGCAGUAUGGUGGCUGGGACCAGAAGCUGGCCAAGCACAACCAGACUUCUGGAGGAAAGCUACAGGGAGCAGUCAACGAACUGGGUUAUAGCCUGGGAUGGAUGAACGGACCAGAAACACCAACCCACGGAUCUAGUGGCGAGAUGGGCUCCAUACGGGACCAACUUCUCUCGGGCACAUAUGGUCUGGGAACCCCAGUUAGGGUUGGACCGUGGUGA